AUGUCGACCUACGCGCCCCGACACUCGCCCUCGUCCUUCUCCACCCCCGCCUCCACCACGCUCUUCCGCCGGCUCACCUGGGAGGGCACCGUCCCGCUCGAGAUCCGCGUCGACUCCAAGGAGCUCCCCGCCAACUCGGACCGCGGCCUCGAGUGCUACUACAUCCAGGCGCCCCGCGUCAGCUACCUCCCGCUGCUCGUCCCGGAGAUCAAGCGCUUCCUCAUGGACGUCGUCUUCGACGAGGCCGCCGCGCGCACGAUGAAGGAGGAGGACUGGUGGUUCGAGAGCGAGGAGGGCGCGACGCUCAAGUGGCACUGGCCCAUCGGCCUGAUCUACGACAACCACACGAUCUCGCAGACCGUGCGCUCGUCCGCACACCCGCACGUCUUCACGCCGCUCCGGAUGGUGCUCCACCUCGCGUCGCCGCCGACGGAGAAGCUGCUGCUCGCCCCGAGCCCCGAUGCGUGCAAGCAGGCGUUCAUGGGGCAGCUGAAGGAGGCCGACUUCAUCCGCUGGGGGAACACGAAGCGUAUGACGGGGCUCCGGAAGGCGGAGCAGGACGGGCUCUGGGAGGGCAUCAAAGAACACAACUUCGACGAGUACUGGCGCGUCGCGUCGAAGAUCACGCCCACCACGGCCCCGACGCGCUCCCACUCCCCUCCACCACCGCAGUCAUCGACCUCCCUCCACGUCCGGCCUCCCUCCGCAGACCCUGGGUCAAAUGGCGCUCCCGACCGGGACGGCGCAUCCAACGUGCGCAACAUCCCCGUGCGGAUAUACCUGCCCGAUGGUCCCGUGCUGCAAGACCUUGUGCCCCCUAUGCUCGAGAAUGGCCGUAUGCAUACCCUCGCCGUGUUCCUCAGCACCCGGUUACCCCUCAUCUUCUCGGAAGCCGGUUCGCUACAACCUAAUCUUGGAUACCCGCUCGUUCAGGGUGUGCCUGCCCCGCCAGAUACGGAGAUGGCGUGGCUGGGCGCGUGCAUGGCGGGGGCUGAUGGAUGGGUGAACGUAUGUAUAGGGAUGUUGCGGGAAGGCAUGCGGUAUCCGUAG